AUGGCUUUGCCAGGUGCCGGGGGCGCGGCUGACAGGCCGGUGUCCCCGGACCGGGGCGACCCUCCGGGCUCCGCAUCGUCGUCGUCCGCCUCCUCCGGAGGCUCGGCCUCCGCCUCGGCCUCGGCGGGCGCGGGACUGUGGGCCGCAUUGUACGACUACGACGCGCGCGGCGAGGACGAGCUGAGCCUGAGACGCGGCCAGCUGGUGGAGGUGCUGUCCCAGGACGCCGCCGUGUCCGGGGACGAGGGCUGGUGGGCCGGCCAGGUGCAGCGGCGCCUGGGCAUCUUCCCCGCCAACUACGUGGCGCCGUGCCGCCCGCCGCCUGCCCCGGGCCGCAGCCCGCCGGGCCCGGCGCCGCCCAGGCCCGGCUCGCCGGUGCACGUCGACUUCGAGCGGCUGGAGCUCAAGGAGCUCAUCGGCGCCGGCGGCUUCGGGCAGGUGUACCGCGCCACCUGGCAGGGCCAGGAGGUGGCCGUGAAGGCGGCGCGCCGGGACCCGGAGCAGGACGCGGCGGCGGCUGCCGAGAGCGUGCGGCGGGAAGCGAGGCUCUUCGCCAUGCUGCGGCACCCCAACAUCAUCGAGUUGCGUGGUGUGUGCCUGCGGCAGCCGCACCUCUGCCUGGUGCUGGAGUUCGCCCGCGGCGGUGCGCUCAACCGCGCGCUGGCCGCUGCUAACGCCGCCCCGGACCCGCGCGCGCCGGGCCCGCGCCGCGCGCGCCAUCCCCCGCACGUGUUGGUCAACUGGGCGGUGCAGAUCGCGCGGGGCAUGCUCUACCUGCACGAGGAGGCCGUCGUGCCCAUCCUGCACCGGGACCUCAAGUCCAGCAACAUUUUGCUCCUUGAGAAGAUAGAACAUGACGACAUCUGCAAUAAAACCUUGAAGAUCACAGAUUUUGGGCUAGCACGAGAGUGGCACAGGACCACCAAGAUGAGUGCUGCAGGCACGUAUGCCUGGAUGGCCCCAGAAGUCAUCAAAUGCUCCUUGUUUUCUAAGGGAAGUGACAUCUGGAGCUACGGAGUGCUGCUGUGGGAGCUGCUCACGGGAGAAGUCCCCUAUCGUGGCAUUGAUGGUCUUGCUGUGGCUUAUGGAGUUGCAGUCAAUAAACUCACACUGCCCAUUCCAUCUACCUGCCCUGAGCCAUUUGCCAAGCUCAUGAAAGAAUGCUGGCAGCAAGACCCUCAUAUCCGUCCAUCCUUCGCCUUGAUUCUUGAACAAUUGAUGGCUAUUGAAGGAGCUGUUAUGACUGAAAUGCCUCAAGAAUCUUUUCAUUCCAUGCAAGAUGACUGGAAGCUGGAAAUUCAACAAAUGUUUGAUGAGCUGAGAACAAAGGAAAAGGAGCUGCGGUCCCGGGAAGAGGAGCUCACCCGAGCAGCCCUUCAGCAGAAGUCUCAGGAGGAACUGCUGAAACGGCGUGAGCAGCAGCUGGCAGAACGGGAGAUUGAUGUGCUGGAGCGGGAGCUAAACAUUUUGAUAUUCCAGUUAAACCAGGAGAAGCCCAAUGUAAAGAAAAGGAAGGGGAAGUUUAAGAGGAGUCGAUUAAAACUCAAAGAUGGACAUCGAAUCAGUUUACCUUCAGAUUUCCAGCACAAGAUAACCGUGCAGGCCUCUCCCAACUUGGAUAAAAGGAGGAGUCUGAACAGCAGCAGUUCCAGCCCACCCAGUAGCCCCACAGUGAUUCCCCGACUCCGAGCUAUACAAUUGACUUCAGAUGAAAGCAAUAAAACUUGGGGAAGGAACAUGGUCUGUCGACAAGAAGAAUUUGAAGAUGUGAAAAGGAAUUUCAAGAAAAAAGGUUGUACCUGGGGACCAAAUUCAAUUCAAAUGAAAGAGAGAGCUGACUGCAAAGAAAGAAUAAGACCUCUCUCAGAUGGCAACAGUCCUUGGUCAACUCUCUUCAUAAAAAAUCAGAAAGCCAUGCCAUUGGCUUCAUUAUUUGUGGACCAACCAGGUGCUUGUGAAGAGCCAAAACUUGCCCCUGAUGGAUUAGAACACAGAAAACCAAAGCAAAUAAAAUUUCCGGGUCAAGCCUACGUUGAUCUACCUCUUUGGAAAGAUGGCCAGAGAGAGAAUCUUGGGGAACCUGAAAGCUGGGAGGAGGGGACCCCUGUGAGUCCUGCUGCUGGCACUCCUCAGGUGACCCCUACAAAUAGUCUGAGUAGAACCCCCCAGAGAAAAAAAAUGGAGUCUGCUUUGUACGGUUGCACCAUGCUGCUGGCGUCAGUGGCGUUGGGCCUGGAUAUCAGAGAACUGAGCAGAGCACAGGCCCCUGAGGAACUGUUGCCCCGGGAAGAAAAGAAGAAACGUGAGGGGAUCUUCCAGAGGGCUCCCAAGUCCCGUAGCAGCACCACUGCCCCUAGGAGGGCAUCUGCUAGUGAAGGGGGCAGCAGCCCAGCCUCCCUCCCUCCCUCAAGUGCUGUGAGCCUUCUCUCCAUGCCUUCUCUCUCCACAAAGUGCUUGCUACAGACUGAUGGUGACGAUUCAUUUGAGGGCAGCACACACAUCAUUUAUGACCCCAAGACGCCUGCUCCAGGUUUUUGCCCUGCUGUCAGAGGACAUAAUCAAGAGCCAACCUCUGUGCCAAGACUGGAAACUGAUGUUAGUGUGUGGAAAAACCCAUCUGUGCCCUUCAUAGAGCAGACACACGUGCCUUAUUAUGUCCCUUCUAAAGAAAGAACAGCAUGUCACAGACGGACCAGGUCUGAUGGAAAUGCCUUCUGGACCCCAACAGGUGCGACUGUUAUCUCAGCCACUCAAACCUCUGAGUGGGUUUUGGGGGUGCCCCACUCCUCAUUGGGUCCACACAGUAACCUGCGCACUGAGGUCCUACCUGAAAAACAAAGAGCUGUCAGUAUCGCGCCUCUACCCCACCCUCGCCGAGCAGACCCUGUGCUGGCUUUUCCACUCAGAAUGAAACCUCAGCCCACACAGGCCGACCCAGUGGUGGUGGGGCCUGGACCAACCCCCACCUGUGCCCCCGGCGCCAAAGAGAGAACUAAACCCCACAUGCCCUCCUUGCUGGACACUGACAUGGAAGGCCAGAGCAGGGACUGCACCGUGCCCUUGUGCAGGAUGAAGAGCAGGAUGAACCGCCCAUCCAUAUAUGAUCUGGAGAAAGAAUUUCUGUCUUAAGUGCCUUAUAUUUUUCAAGCUUUUCUUCUUAAGGUGAACAAAUGAAAGCAAUGUGUCUCCCUUUGAAUCUUUUUCAUGCUGCUAGGUUUUCAAAAACUGUGGCCUUGUUACUAAAUUAGUAGUGAAUGUUUGACUUCCUUGAAAAAAUGUAUACGAUUUCUGUUAGUGUCUCUUGUUCUAUUCUAUUGGACUCUUGCCCAGUAUCUUGAACACACAAGGGUAAAACAAGAUAUGAGCUGCAAUGUGAAACUAUUGGGUAGCAUUGCCUUAAGCACAAUUUUAAUACUUUGUUCUCAUUUGUAUCCUGUCUUGUUAGUGCUGAGAAAUUGGAAUGAGGGCUCUAUUUUUGUUUCCUUCCUUCUUUCUGCCCCUUCUUACUUUUAUUUUUGUUUUUUAUUUGUGAAACCCAAAACCAAGAAGAAUAUGUGAUAUUAGUAAGUAAAGGUGUCUAUUUAAAAAAAAAAUCGAUGACUAGAAUAAAUACAGAGACCUAUUUAAACUACCUAAAUUCAGCAGUAGUCUUAUGCAUAAAUAUGUCCAAUUCUCAAAUUAUGCAAUAUUUCUCUCUUUGAGGAAAUUUUACUGAAUGUAAUUUGUAAAUGUUUGACUGAAUGUAAUUUAUAAAAGUUUUAUCCAUUAGAAUUCCAAUAUAGAUCUUCGGAAGAUAAGCGGUCUCUGAUGUGUGGUUAUGACUAUAUCGUACCCUCCUGAGAGGCUCAUCUGUAGUUUCUUCAUCUUCAGUCACCAUUUAUUUGGUGUCCAGAAGUGUAAAAGCUUUUCAUUUUGUAAAAUUUUAAGAAUUUUUAAGAAUCGUGACACAUGUAUUAUAAAUACUUAUGACAUUUAAUUUUAUUUUUCUCUAUUUAAAUGCAUAAUUAUCUGAAUAACUCCAAAUACAGUUAAAGAGCAACACUGCCAAGAGAAGAAACAGCAGUACUGUGAGAAUUGAGGUAUUUUGCAGUUAUUUCACAUUUCAUUUAACUGUAAAUAAAUGUUAAACAUCUGCUGAGAUAACUGAUAUGGUGGAAAAGAUACAUAAGGUAUAGAUUAUUUUCAGAUAUGAGUUUAUAAAAUACAUCUUUAGAUACUAGAUCAGGAUUUUAACGAUUUAAAGAUAUUUUAUGAGUCCCUUGUAAAUCAUGCAUGUAUGAUACAAAUAGACUACUGAGUUAUUCAGCUACAAAAUGGUUAUCCAGGAGCUUGGUAAAUUUCCCAGGUUUGUUGUUGUUAGAAAUAUGAUAAUAUUCCUCUUCUGUCAUUAGAAUAUGGUUGUUCAGAUGACAGACAAUAGAUGUUUAAAUUUGCCAUGAAAAACUAUAUGAUAAACAUUACUUGAUAUUAUUUUAAAUUAUACAUGGGUUAAAGCUCAUUGAGUAGUUGAAAUAUCAGUGAUUUAAAAUUGAAUCAUAUAUGAUAAAAUAUCUAUCUACUGGUAGUAGAAAACAAGGAAAAUUAUAUUAUUUGGCUACUUUACAACAUCUUAGUCUCCAGGCAUGUAGCCCCAGAAGAUGGUGAAGAGGACAUGACAGGGUUCUAUUAACAUUUUGCCCUAAGGAAACAAUCUUGUGUUUCAUAUUUCUUGCAGCAUAAUCUCAGGUACUUGCUACAUUUUUCUGUAUUAUUGUUCAUUCUGUGGUUGGACUUCACUUUGGGGUAGCUGUUGAAUUAGGUAAUAAGAGAUUUGGUUUCCUCAAAAUUUUAUCAUAUUUGACACACUAGUUGUCUGCUUCAUAUUCAGUAACUUGGGGGCAUGUAACUUCCAGCUAAAAGUAAAGGAAGUACAUGCCAAAAAAAUAAUACAUGAAAGAAUUAUAGAAGGUGUGUUCUCAGUUUUGCUUCGACCAAAACAGUAUGUGUGUGUGUGUGUGUGUGUGUGGUGUGAGAGGCAGGAAGUGGUGGGUAUUUGUCUAUCUUGUUCCUUUGUUCCUGCUCUUGUUUAGCUCUAUUUUAGUUAACUCUACAUUAUGAUGAAUUUAGAAUGAAGCUGUAUUAAAAAGAUAAUUAUGAUAUAUUCAUUUUCACAUAUUACUGCAGAUAGUUAUUUUUUGCUGAGAUCUAUUGUACAUUUGUGAUUUUCUGUUUUGUGUUAGUAUACUUAGCCAAAUCUGGUUAUUUAUUUUCAUAUAGAUUUAAUAGCACAUUGAAAGAUAAAUUAAGCUGAUUACUGUUAGUCAAUAAUUAAGGUGCUCCCACUGCAGAUUUAAGGCUUGGACCUGAUAUGCUGUAUCAUGAAGCCUUGUGACUGAAAAAGAUGUUUACAUAUGUUGUCUAUUUUUUUAAUAAACUUUUUUAUAGCUAAUCUAUUUUCUCAGUGAUUUUGAUCUACUCAGUGAUUGUGAUUAU